AUGGUGACACCCAAAAAGGUGAGCUCCAUGUGUUCCAAGCAUGCAACAGAGCCCAUCAAGAUCUACUGCGAGACGUGCGAUGAGCUGAUAUGUCGCGACUGCACCGUCAAGACCCAUCGCGACCACAACUACGACCUCGUCUCAGACACCUUCCCCAAACACAGAGAUGCCAUCCUUGCCUGCCUAGGUCCCGUCAAAUCUGAACUUGCUAGUGUAGGGAGCACCAUUGCACAGCUGAAGGCAAGGUCCAGCAGGCUAGAUGGACAGGGUAUAGAGGCGAAGGCACAGGUAGAUGCUGAAGUAGACAAGCUCCAGGCCAUCCUAGAGGCUCGCAGGAGGGAGCUUCACUCCCAGAUAGAUGGUGAGGUGUGUCAGGGGAAGAAGGAGCUGGCGGCCCGGAUUGACGGACACGAGUUGAGGCAGGCCCAGCUGAGCAGCUGCGUGGAGCUGUUGCGAUCAUUUGGAAACACAGGACCAGAUGAAAGCAGACUUAUUCAACCAAGAGGAGUAGCCAUCUCUUCUGAUAACACAGUGAUUGUAGUAGGUGGGGAUCAUAGUGUGAACAAAUUCACUCUUGAGGGUCAGUUCAUAGCAUCAGUGGGUUCAAAGGGCAGUGGACGACUGCAGUUCAGUACGCCAUGGGCCAUAGCCUACAACCACACCAACAACAGAGUGUAUGUCUGUGACACUUACAACCAUCGCAUCACAAUCCUCCAGCAUGACUUGACAUUCCAUGGCAGGUUUGGAAGUGUGGGAAGUGAGGCAGGUCAAUUCAACCAGCCUGAGUCAAUAUCUGUCAGCAGAAGAGGAAAUGUAUUAGUAGCUGACUAUUUGAAUAAGAGAGUUCAGAUUUUCGAUGCCAAUGGCCAUCAUCUGUCAUCCAUCACUCACACUGUAGCAGGAGAGGGACUGAGAGGACCAAUCAGUGUGGCAGUUGGACCUAAUGACUGGGUGUAUGUGGUUGAACAAAGCUAUCCCAGAGUAUCAGUAUUUGAUGAGAAUGGC